CACCCCGAGUCAGAGCAUGGCCGCCAUGGAUCUCGCACUCCCCCCCGAGCUUCCCGUCACCGCCCCCAACCCCUUCUCCUCAGUCUUACCAUGAGACGACCCCGAGAGACUGCAGCCGAUCUCGACGCGACCGCCGCUCCGGAGAUCUCUCGAGCACACCCCGCUCUCCCGAUCGAGUCCUCCUCCGGGUUCCAUCCCCGUUGAGGCCUCCGUCGAAUGCGCGAAGGCAGCUGCUGCCGUGGCGGGGAUUGGCGGCGAGAUCCCGGGGAGCGAACAUGGGGAUCGGGGAGUUCGAAGCGGAAGGGGAUGGCGGGGAGGAGGACGAGAUGUCGGUGAAGGAGCGGGAGGUCUCGGUGAACGGCCUCUCCAUGAAGACCUCCGAGGUAGAGGCCAAGCUCGACGACGGCAACAUCCAGGAGGCCGAGUCGUCCCUCCGGGAAGGACUCUCACUUAAUUACGAGGAAGCAAGAGCGCUACUAGGAAGGCUUGAAUAUCAAAGAGGCAACAUAGAAGCUGCGCUUCGUGUAUUUGAUGGAAUAGAUCUUCAAGCUGCCAUUCAGCGUUUGCAACCUUCUCCUGAGAAGCCUCCUUCGAGGCGUAGCCGCUCACAUAGUGUGUCCAUACAUUCGGUGUCCCAGCAUGCUGCUAGCCUUGUUCUUGAAGCCAUCUACUUAAAGUCCAUGUCUCUACAGAAGCUAGGCAAAGCUACUGAAGCUGCUCAAGAGUGUAGAAGUGUCCUUGAUGCUGUGGAAAAGAUAUUCCAACAUGGCAUACCUGAUGUUUUGGUUGAGCAAAAGUUGCAGGAAACUGUCAGUAAGGCUGUGGAGCUCCUUCCAGAGCUCUGGAAGCAAGCUGGUCAUUAUCAGGAGGCUCUGGCUUCUUACCGGCGUGCUCUUCUAAGUCAGUGGAAUCUUGAUGAUGAAUGCUGUGCAAGGAUUCAGAAAAGAUUUGCUGUAUUUUUGUUAUAUGGCGGGGUAGAGGCUAGUCCACCCAGUUUGGCAUCCCAAAUUGAUGGUUCGUUUGUUCCAAAAAACAAUUUGGAAGAGGCUAUUUUACUUCUAAUUAUAUUAUUAAGGAAGUGGUACCUUGGCAAAACCCAGUGGGAUCCAUCAGUAAUCGAGCAUCUUUCUUUUGCUCUCUCCAUGUGUGGUCAAACAUCUGUACUUGCUAGGCAUUUUGAAGAGCUCAUUCCUGGAACAUAUGCACGGUGUGAUAGAUGGUACAGUUUGGCCCUAUGCUAUAGCGCAGCAGAUCAGAAUCAUUCCGCAUUGAACUUAUUAAAAAAGUUAUUAAGAAAGGAUGAAAGUCCUGAUUAUAUCAUGGCAUUGUUAUUGGCUGCUAAGAUCUGUAGUGAUGACUGCCUUUUUUCAGCUGAAGGAGUAGAAUAUGCUCGGAGAGCUAUAGCAAAUGCUCAAGUUGCAUAUGAGCAUUUAAAGUGUGUGGGUCUUCGUUUUCUAGGUAAUUGUCUGGGAAAACUGGCUAAAAUUGCCUCCUCAGAUCAUGAAAGAUCUAGCUUGCAAAGUGAAGCUCUGAGAUCACUUGAUGAGGUGGUAUCUCUCGAGCGCCACAACCCAGAAAUACUUUUUGAUCUAGCUCUUGAAUACGCUGAACAGCGCAACACAAAUGCUGCACUCCGAUAUGCAAAAGAAUUUAUUGAUGCAACAGGUGGAUCAAUAUCCAAAGGAUGGAAGUUGCUUGCUUUAGUUUUAUCUGCUCAGCAGCGUUACUCAGAUGCUGAAAUUGUCAUUGAUGCAGCACUGGAUGAGACUGUUAAAUGGGAACAAGGGCCUCUACUUAGAAUCAAGGCAAAACUAAAAGUGGCUCAGUCCCUACACAUGGAUGCAGUUGAAGCAUAUCGCCUUCUGCUUGCUCUUGUUCAGGCCCAAAGAAAGUCCUUUGGAUCUUUCAAGAAUAUUAUAGAGGUUGAGGAUGAAAAUGUCAGUGAGUUUGAAGUUUGGCGAGGUCUUGCCAAUCUGUACUCUGGCCUUUCACACUGGAGAGAUGCUGAGAUAUGCUUGGAGAAAUCUCGAACACUGAAACCUUACUCUGCUUCAACUCUGCAUAUCGAAGGUCGGAUGCUGGAAGCCCAUGGACAGAUGCAACAAGCAUUGGCUACUUAUGCCAAUGCCCUCUCGGUGGAGCUCGACCAUGUGCCUAGUAAGGUAUCGAUUGGUGCUUUGCUGUCCAAAAGAGGCUCAAAAUCUUUGCCAGUUGCUCGAAGCUUUCUUUCAGAUGCCCUAAGACUCGAACCUAUGAAUCGGCUGGCAUGGUAUUACUUGGGAGUGAUUCACAGGGAUGAAGGUAGGAUGGUUGAUGCGGCAGACUGCUUCCAGGCAGCAUCACUGUUAGACGAAUCAGAUCCUAUAGAGAGUUUCAGUUCUCUUUUAUAAGCGUUCAAGGAUCCGUUCCCAUUUUUUUCUGGUUUUACAUUACCUGCGUAUUGAAUUGGAUAUCAGUUGUAGAUUGUAUUUAUUAGAGCUUAGUCUGGUGGACAUUUUCUUUUUCUUUUUGUUUGUUUCUUUUUUCCUUGUAGUUGAAUGCCGUCUGUUGCUGCUUUGACAGUCUAUUAUAUGAAAUAUGAGAUGCUUUGAGAGGAA